CCCAUAAAACUCACCACUCAUCUGCUUUUCAGCUUUGAACAAACACUGCUCCCUCUCCCUUGAAGAACAAUAAGGUGUUGCCAUGGCUGAAAAAAUGGUUGUGACCCAACCUCGGCCUUUUAUCGCAACUGCUACAACCAACCAGUGGACGUCUGGCAUUUGUGACUGCAUGCAAGACCUGCCCCAGUGUUGCUUCGCCUUUUGGUGCCUUCCCUGCUUCACCUGUAAGACAUCGCGUGAGGCUGGGGAGUGUCUAUGUUUACCUCUGCUGGACGCUUUUGGAGCCAUUCCACCAAUGACCACAGCCCUCAGGGUGUCAGUGCGCCAGCGAUAUGGCAUUGAGGGUACAAUCUGUAAUGACUGCGUGUACUCCUUCUUCUGCGGGCCCUGCACCUGGUGUCAAAUAGCAAGAGAAAUCAAAACAAGAACGAGUCCCAUUACCUUCAUUAACAUGAUUGCCUCAUAA